AAGCUAGAAAACUGCUGCAUUGUCCCAUCCCUGCUAAUAUUUCAGCAACCAUGUCUUCAGCUCAGCAUCUCAGAGAGUUUAUCAGAGAGAGACUAACUGCUGCUGCUCAAGAAAUCUUCACCGAGGUUGAAAAAACCAUCAUUUGCUACGAGGAAGAGCUCGAUGCUCAGCGCAGGAUGAUGGGGAUCAACUGGAAACCAGAAAUUAAGCUACACAGAGUCGGUUCGGAGCAGCAGAGACAAAGUUCUGACCUCCAACAGCCAAGUGUCUCCAAUGAGGAAGAAGCUUCUGCCAUCCAACAAGUCUGUAGCCUGGCAAGUAGGUCCAGUCAGGACCAGAAAGAAGCAGAACAUCAGUGGACUGAAGAGGUACAGAUGGAACCAGAAUCAAAAUGGAUUAAAGAAGAAGUGAACGAACCACAACCUGCACUGCUCAAACAUGAGGAAUUGGAUUAUCCACUAACAAAUGUAAAAAACGAGGAGUUAGAUUGUUCAGUGCUUCAACAUGAACAGCAGCCACCAGAACAUUUACCAACUGGACAGGACCAGAAGAACCUCUGCAGCAGUCAGGAGGGAGAGCAGCUUGUCCAGAAGCAGUUUGCUGCUUUGAUUGAGACUUCUACUCUUCAGGAAGAUGAUAUGAAUGAAGAAGAGACAAAAACAGAGCAGCUUUCCCUUCAUAUCUCUCCAGUGGUUGAGAGCAAAGAUCAGGAAGGAAGCAGCUCCUCUGUGUCAGACAGUCAGGCUGAUACUGGCACAAAGAAAAGAUCUUUCAAAUGUGACAUUUGUGGGAGAUGUUACCCACAACAGAGUCAUUUUUUAAACCAUUACAGAACUCACACUGGUGAGAGACCUUUUUCAUGCCAAUCAUGUGGAAAGGGUUUUUCUCAUAUUAGUCAUUUUUAUCGUCACAAGAAAAUUCAUACAGGUGAGAGGCCUUUUUCAUGUGAAACAUGUGGAAAAAGUUUCUCUAAUAUGAGAAAUGUAAUUCGUCACAAGAAAAUUCAUACAGGUGAGAGGCCUUUUUCAUGUGAAACAUGUGGAAAAAGUUUCUCUAAUAUGAGAAAUGUAAUUCGUCACAAGAAAAUUCAUACAGGUGAGAGGCCUUUUUCAUGUGAAACAUGUGGAAAAAGUUUCUCUAAUAUGAGAAAUGUAAUUCGUCACAAGAAAAUUCAUACAGGUGAGAGGCCUUUUUCGUGCCAGUCUUGUGGAAAAAGUUUCUCUCGAAUAAGUACUUUAAAUGACCACAAGAAAAUUCAUACGGGGGAGAGACCUUUUUCAUGCCAAUCAUGUGGAAAGAGUUUCUCUCAACGUAGUGAUUUAAAUCGUCACAAGAAAACUCAUACGGGGGAGAGACCUUUUUCAUGCCAAUCAUGUGGAAAGAGUUUCUCUCAAAUUAGUGUUUUAAAUCGUCACAAGAAAACUCAUACUGGGGAGAGGCCUUUUUCAUGCCAGUCUUGUGGAAGAAGGUUUACUCGAAGUAGUACUUUAAAUGACCACAAGAAAAUUCAUACUGGGGAGAGGCCAUUUUCAUGCCAGUCUUGUGGAAGAAGGUUUACUCGAAGUAGUAAUUUAAAUGAACACAAGAAAAUUCAUACUGGGGAGAGGCCUUUUUCAUGCCAGUCUUGUGGAAGAACGUUUACUCGAAGUAGUACUUUAAAUGACCACAAGACGAUUCAUACAGGUGAGAAGCCUUUUUCAUGCCUGUCAUGUGGAAAACGUUUCAUUCGAAUUAGUCAUUUAAAUGCCCACAAGAUAAGUCAUACAGGUGAGAAGGGUUUUCACGAUAAACAAUAAAUUAAUCAGCAGUACAUAAAUAUGAGCUUAAUAAUAAAAUGAUGGCUAUAAUAUUACUUCUUUGUUUUUAUCGUCUCUCCUUCUACAAAGAAACUGGAUGAGAAAAAGUUUCACUCCCGUGCCUCCUGCUAUUCCCUCCCCUCUCAUUUUAUUGGUAGCGGCUAAACACACAGGGAGCUAAAAGUGUAAAUUUUCUUCCACUCUGGCUGAACUGAACACCUGGCACACGAUAGCGAUGAUAACAACAAAAGAUGAAAGGUUUCCAACUUUCUUGCAUAGCGUCUAUAGGUGUAUGAGCUAGAAAUGUCACAUGCAUGAAUUGUGUCUUUUGCUCAGCUGGAUGAGAGCUAGCGACUGUCGUCUCACUAUGCAAUCUCCAUAAGAGGGAGAAGCGCCGUCUCCUGUCAUCGUGUGACCAUUACUUCAGUUACCUGCUGGGCUCCUUGUCUCCUACCACACAGUGUAGCAUAAAGCCUGGUGAGGAGGAGCAAGAGGUCUGGGAGCCUCUUGGAUUCAAACUGCAGUUUAUCCAUGUUUCUUAUAGACAAAGUUACUUAUAAAGAGAAACCCUUUCAUUUGUCCUUUUCUUUUUUUCUCUUCUUUGAAAACCUGGAUGUUAUUUUCUUGACUGCAUUGUUCCAGUCAGUCGUUGUAGUCUUUGGCUGCUGCUGAACACUGUUGCCUACAAGUUCACUAAGCAGGAGCAAACCAUUUAAUACAGAUCCACAGGGCUGUUCAGUAAAUAAGGAUCUUUGCUUUUUGAUCUGGGAAUGGUAACUUUUAAUUUUUACUGCUAAAAACAAGUAAAACAAAAAUUAUAUUACAGACAGAGGCAGUAAUAUUUGUUCUAUUUAUAUAAAAAUGAACCCCUGUCGGUCAAAAGCCUUUGGGAUUAUCAUAACGUUUCCUUCCUGUAUGCAAGCUAAUGUAUUGGCACUGAAAAUUAGCAUCUGUCCAGUUAAGGUUAAAAUGUUCCUUUUUGAAACAUAUUGCACCGCGUUGUAUAUAGCUCAUCUGUGGUGUAACUACAGUAAAACUAUGAUGAAGAAACUGCAAGUAGCCAAUCAGGACGCUUUCAGAAUCCUCCUCAGAUUUCCACAAUGAACUUCUGCAAGUCAACUGUUUGCCAUGAGUAGCAUACCAACUUUUAAUGUUUUCCUGAAGAAUUUCAUGUAAAAAUUUGUGCUGAUUGGAUGUAUUAAACAACUUCACAACUGCAA